UCCGUGACACACAUUAGUUUGGCUUCUCAGUUAGCUACACAUUAACGACAACACCAACACCACUUCUAACGGUCGCUGCUAGACAGCUGUUUUAUGUGUGUCCGCGCGUGACUGUGUGUGUGGGGUCGCACACACGCGCUGUCUCUCUCGCGCUCUCUCUCUCUCCCCACAUCACACACUCACUGCACAUCACCCGCUACAACCACCACACGCGCUCGCUCAGUACCACACAGCUGGUUAGCUUAGCUAGCUAACGUUGCUUCUUUCCAACUGGCGGCGUUGUGUUUACCUUUAGUUUCUCCGUACUGUUAUGUGUUGACGUGAUUCACGUUGAAGUAACGGAUAAUCUGCACCCCUCCUCGGCUGACCGGGAGCCGCCAUGGAAUGCCGUGUGCUGUCCAUACAGAGCCAUGUAGUCCGGGGAUAUGUGGGCAACAAGAGCGCCUCUUUCCCAUUACAGGUUUUAGGGUUUGAGGUGGACUCCAUCAACUCGGUCCAGUUCUCCAACCACACAGGUUAUUCUCAUUGGAAAGGUCAGGUGUUGACAGCAGACGAGCUCCACGUUCUUUAUGAAGGAAUCAAACUGAACAACGUACACCACUACGAUUAUGUUUUAACAGGGUAUACCAGAGACACGUCCUUCUUGGAGAUGGUAGUGGACAUUGUUCAGGAGCUAAAGAGAGCCAACCCCAACCUGGUGUAUGUAUGUGACCCUGUCCUCGGCGAUCAUGGAUCUAUGUACGUCCCUGAGAAUCUUUAUCCGGUCUAUAAGAACAAGGUGGUUCCUGUUGCCGACAUCAUUACUCCGAACCAGUUUGAGGCUGAAUUAUUGACUGGGAAAAACAUCAGCACAGAGAAAGACGCUGUAGAGGUCAUGGACCUCCUCCACGCUAUGGGCCCAGACACAGUGGUCAUCACCUCCUCUGAUCUACCCUCCAGACUGGGGGACCGCUUCCUCGUGUCGCUGGGCAGCCAGCGCAAAGUUCGUCCCGACGGCAGCAGGACGACGCAGAGAGUCCGAAUAGAAGUUCCCAAAGUGGACGCCGUCUUUGUAGGAACUGGAGAUUUGUUUGCUGCGAUGCUGCUUGCGUGGACACACCACAACCCUAAUGACCUUAAGAUGGCCUGUGAGAAGACUUUUUCAGUGAUGCACCAUGUGAUCAAGAGGACCAUUUCGUAUGCUCACGAGUUAGCAGGUCCUGGUCGGAGGCCCAGUCCGCCCCAGCUGGAGCUGAGGAUGGUUCAAAGUAAAGCUGACAUAGAAGACCCCGCCGUCGUUAUAGAGGCCACAGUCAUAUCCUAACAUUACCGACCCAUAAGACUCACACUAACCUUGUGCUCUUCCCCCACAAGUCUCUCAACUCCAGUAUCUCGUAGAUCUCUCAUUACUGUAAACCUUGACUGUCAUUUACAAACGUCAACACUCCUUAGACCCUUAGUAUUGUGACCCCUGUUUCUCCCUGAACCCUUUACCCCUUUGAGUCCUCAGUGUCCAAACCCCUUAACCUGUAACUCCUGCGCCCUUUUACCCAAACCCUGUUUUGGAACUAGAGCCAUAGAUAAACGGAGAGUUCUGCUGCCUCUCUAACGGAGUGUGUGAGUGGACUGCACAGCUGCUUUUUAGAAAGCUGUGGGGUUUAAGUGUCCACAACACAUAACACGGCGUAUAUAAUAUACGUGUGUGUAUAUGUAUACUGGUAAUACUAAAAGAUACCAGGGUGAAACGCUGAUGAGCCCUUCAAGGCCCAGUCCUCAGCACAACAGAGGGAUGGUUUUGGAGCAGUUAGUGCUCCAGUGGAGAUGGAUGGUUUAGUUUAACUAAGUCUAACUGACAUCACUGUUAACAACACAAACAAAGAACAGGUCUGACUUAAAUGUUGAUUACUUUGUUCUCGUAAAAUACAUAUUUAAAAACUAGUAAUUGAAAUCGUGUCGUCUUCCUCUGAAACUGAAAAGCGUCCCCGCCUGCGUCUGCAGUGAGUUGAUGCUGCACUUGUUAAGUCAAUGAAGCCAGCUGCUGAACGCUCCAGAGCUCUACCUCUGAAUUAGUAACUCUGAAGUGUGUUGCUCCAUUACUGCCACGGGACUUGUUUAUGUUUGACAGGCGGCUGUGGUCGUCCAGUUGCCAGGCAGCAGGUUGCAGCACUAACUUUAAGACUAUAAUGAUCAAACACUGUUUAUCUAUGGCUCCGCCCACCACGAUUUCAACCCCCUCCCCCGUCUUACAGCAGUGAUGUAAUGGUGACCAAGUCUAACCCCAUGACACCCCUCGAAAAUAUAACAAAGGAAAAAAAAAACGCACAAUGUAUAGUUGAUGUAUAGAUGUUGUACUAUAACUGUAUUGGACCAUCUGUAUGAUAUCUUCUAUCUGAUCUGUCUAUUGGACCAUUGUGUUGAUGCUACUGUACUAUAGACCACAGGCACUACAAUAUCACCCACACCAGAGACGUCUGUGCUGGUUCUGGCCCUCCUGCAGGCUCCAGUCGUUGUCACUUUGUAAUAGCUAACUGUUUAAAUAGUCACAGUGCUUAGUGUAAGAAAAAUGAGCGAUCUGAGCCGUCCUUGCCGAGCAGUGUCAGAACCAGCACACAUCAUUGCCGGGCGGUUCCCGGCCCAGCUCUGGCCCAGAACCCUAUAUCUGAGAGUUGUGCCACUGAAUUUACUGGAGGCCUGGAGAAACUACCCCCCCCCCCCCCCCCCCCCCCCCCCCCCCCAACACACACACGUCCUGUAGCAGCUCUGUAAAUGUUUUUUGUAGAAAUGUCUUUUUAGUCGACUUCACACUCCACUGUGCUCACAGCAGCAGUCGCUCAAAUUUUAUUGUGAUGCCAAGAAUUUUAAUAAUAUUAAUAAGUUAAUUUUGUAAAGAUUAGAGCUCUGCAGUACGAUCCGGUAAACUGAUGUUUGCAAUGACUGUUAGCAAAGCACAGAAUAUAUAUAUAUAUAUAUAUAUAUAUAUAAUAUUUGUCUAUUAAAUGAUCUAUACUCGUCACCGUUUCCUAUAACCAGAGGUGAAGAAAAAAAUCUACAGUAAUAUAAAGCAUAUAAUAAAUAAAUAUAAAUUGUAUAUAUAUAUAUAAUUUAUAUUUAUAAUAUUAUAUAUAUAUAAAUAACCUUGAGAGGCAAGUGAGAAAAAAUCUGAAUAUUUUUGGAGUAGUGGCGCACCUCAGCCUCUUGUGGCCGAAAUAAGUAUUACAACAACAAACACUUAAUUAAUAUAAAUAUUAAAUAAUUCACCUGCAGAAACGUAUUUAUUGUUUACAGUCGAUCUUAACUUGUGUUAUAAAAUGAUGCUGCCUCUGGAUUAUUUGUUGUAAAUGUUCAGCAUCAGGCACAAUGUUUCACAGUGGAGUGUGAUUUGAAAGAGGAGAACAGGACACGCGACAUCGGUCAUGAGCCGGUUUCAAACCAGUGAUGUCGCAAGAACUUGGCAUGUGCCUUAGCCCACUGAGCUACCAGGGCACCACAGGAGAGGAGAUGUUAAUGAAACCCCCCCCCCCCCCUUGUUGCUUCCUGACUUGAAUGUUCAGGAAACUGCUAAAACUAUUAUCUGACUUCUCCUGGCAGCAACAUUCAGCUUUGGAAAAAUAAUCGGAGACUUAAAAAAAAAAAAGUAAAAAUAAAAAAUCCAGAUGGCGUCAGUGUCCCACCUGAGCUGGAUGUAAGGUUCUGGGCAGUGUGUUCUGUACUGCUGUUGUUUCUCUAUGGACUGAACUGUGAUACUGCCUUAGGAACCUAACAUCAUCACGCCACAGUACUGCUCAUCGAGGGGGAGGUGGAGAGGGGGGAGGAGGGGGGAGGAAGGAACAUGUCCUAAAUGACUGCACAUUUCUGUUCUCCAGUGCGCCUGAAAUGAGAAAGAAUUGAGAUUGCAUAUGCUUAGUUUCUAUUUAAAUGUAUUUCUUUAUUUUUAACCAAUUAAUCGUUUUUAUUAAAAAUGCCUGAAAAGUGGCAAUUUCCUUCUUUUGUCCCAAAUAACUCAAAACCCAAAGAUAUUAUAUUCAUCUAAAACAGAGAAGCUUUUCUUGAUGAAUCAUUUAAACAAAAUCUGAAUUUUCUAAAUGGGCACUAAAACCCUUCCUUUAGUUUUCCUUCAUCUCGACUCAGAUUUAAUCUGAAUCUCGACUCAGAUUUAAUCUGAAUCUCGACUCAGAUUUAAUCUGAAUCUCGACUCAGAUUUAAUCUGAAUCUUGGACGAAUGGUGGGAAAUGCAGUCUCAUAUUUACAAUUGCAACAGUUAAUAUUGAUUUUUGUACUCGUGCAGUAAUAUUGUGCCACUGUAGCGCUGAUUGUCAUAUCAAUAACAGACCGCUGUGGCCAAUCAGCUUUGAGCUCUGCUAUAAUCAACAUGCACUACCAACCCUCUGCUUCCUGCUAACAAACCAGUCUGCCGUACUAUUGGGUCAAAGUGUGUGUACCUGUCGUGUCCGUGUGUGUUGUGUGUGAGGAAGUGUGUGUAUAUAAAUGUCUUUUAUGGUCACAGGGUUUUGUGUGUAUGUGUGAAAUGAAAGAGGAAAAGUCAAGUUAACAACGAGGGUUCAAAACAAGAAAAGAAAAGAGAAACGGUGUCCAUGAGGAGGGGGGGUGAGGUGUGUUCAAGAGGACAAUCAUUCCGUGAUGUUACGCAGUGUUGCACGACUCCCCUUUCUCCUAUCUGCUGAACAAACGACAGGUUUUUGGGAUUGAAUCUUCAUGUUUCCUUGAUGCCUCACGUCCCCUCUCUCUCUUCCUCCCCCUCCUGCAGAUAUAUCUGUCCUCCGGCCCACACGCCUCCCUGCAGUGCCAGUCGUUGUGUCUGUACCGCUAGUUUUUUAAACCUUCGCCUCGCUGUGUGUGUGUGUGUGUGUUUGUGUGUUAGAUGGUUAUACUGUACCCCGACUCCCUCCUAUCUCUCUGCUAGAUUGUCACUACUGUUCCUGCUUUCCAUGCUGCCCCCCACCUGCCUCGAGCUCCACUUGCUUGCCGUGUGUCUUGUGAUACAACUUCUCUGCACUCUUGCUGUUACCUGCCCUGCUCCACUCUGCGCUCAGUAACUUCCUCCAUUCUCACCGCUGCUGUUGGCUUCUUUAUCUACACCGCGUCCGAUAUCCUCCAAACAUUUGGAUCGAGUUGCACCAGCUCUUCGUAAAAAUCCUUCACAUCAUUUCUGCAGGAAGUGAUUUACUGAAUGGAGUUGCUCCAUUAGAGCUCAAGAAGGUCUCUGCUAGUUAAGACUUAAGUAAAGUGUAAAUCAGCCUUUGGAAACAUACUUAAAAAUAGAUUAUAGAGACCAAAUUGUAUAUUAAACUUAACUUCCGAUCCUGUGCAAGUGUAGGAAUGAGUUCUCUUUGUUCAUAUAUAACUACAUGGAGAGGUUAACAGUUAUUACUCUGAGUAAUACGACAAUGUUCUGCCAAAGUUUGAAAAGUGUUUCUGUAUUUCACAUAUUUCUGUAUUUCUUUUGUAAAAAAAGCAUUUGAUCAAAUCAAACCUGCAAAGUGUUAAUACAGCAGAUUAAAUUAGUGUUAAAGUCUCAAAGAUCGCUCAAGAUGUUUGUUUUUUUACUUUAAAGAUAUUUCAUGUGAUCUCUUUAAACCAACAUAAUAUUAUGGGAUGUUGAUUUACAGCGGGAUUAGCAGUUCUAGCAACUCUGUCACAUUAAAGGCGUUUAAAUCAAAGUUGAUGUGAAACAUAUUUCUAAAUGAUGCAUUAAGGCAAAGAGAAAACGCUGGCAGCAGUGGAAACUUCACCUCAGUCCCCCCCCCCCCCCCCCCCCAUCUCCCCUCCGCCUGUUGUGAUAGACCCUCCCCUCAUCCCUGUCCGUUUGGUUACAAAAAUGGCUGCCACUAAAAAAAACGCAAUGGCCCAUCGACCGUGGUCCUCUCCUCUCCUCCCGAUUGACGGUUUCGUCUCCGCCAUCUUGUUUUUCUGUUCUUGGUGGCCAAAACAAAAACGAGGAAAUGUAAUAAUCAUUGUUCGGUAGCUGUUUUUAGUGCUAUGUUUUUGGAGCGUUACGAGUAUUUUCUAACAUGUUACAAUAAAAGAUUGUAGUGUACAAAUUCACAUUUAUAAUAUAUAUAUAUAGAUAUAUAUGAGAAAUGUAUGUUCUAAUGCAAUAAAGAGAAAUUAAGAAUUA